GCAUGCUCAGCGGAGGAACACGUCCUCACCGCGCCCUGUAACGUCAUUAAUACGCGCCUUGUGUUUACAGACAGUCGUCAACAAUUUAUUUUCCAAAUGUCAGCAGUUUGAACCCUAAACACGGUCAUAUUUUAAAUUCUAACGCGAGUGUGUGGCGGGGACAAGCACGUAGUAAAUAAGACGAUCAUUGCAUUAAAAAUCUGCAUGUUUGGACGCAGACUUUGUGAAGUAUUGUGUGGGUGUGAUUGGAAGAUGUGAACCAAAAAGCUGUCAGAGGUCAAAAUCUUGUGCAAAAACUGCUUAUUAUAAAGUUACAGUGUGGUGUAUCAUGGCACGUGCAUACAGUGUCUUAAUGUGAGAAGAACAUGGAUGCUGCAGAAGAUCUGGAGACACUUGGUGAGAAACUGUACACUCUGAUUUACCCCAAACACAAGGAGACAGCUGGGAAACUCACAGGUAUGCUGCUGGAGCUGCCGGGACCUGUCCUGAGUCAGAUGCUGCAGGACAAGACCACGCUGACCGCAGCCGUGGAGAAAGCCCUCCGAGCCCUGCAGCUGGCCCAGGAGCCCGGCAGAGUGACAUGUAAGGACGAGGACGACGUGUCUGUGUCCUCUGACUCUCUGGGGGAGCAGCUGUUUGAGCUGGUGGAUGUUUACAACACCGGCCACUCGCAGAAAAUCACAGGAAUGCUUCUGGAGCAGCACAAAGACGCAGUUUUAAAACUUCUUUCAGAUCCAAAACUGCUGGAAGAGCAGGUGAACUUCGCCCUGAACACACUGAAGGAGCAGAACAUGGAGGAGACGGACUUCAGUGACACGUCGGACGCUGACGACAGCGAGAGGCUGGGAGAGAAGAUCUUCUCUCUGGUGGAGGAACUCCGUCCACUUCAUGCAAAUGAUAUUACAGGUAUGCUCCUGGAGAUGGAGCCCGCUGCUCUCCACCAGCUGCUCACGGACCCCACGAUGCUCGAGGCGGCCGUUCACAAAGCACAAGCAGCGCUGGACUCUCAGAAUCGAACUCUCUCCUCGUGAACAGACGAGGAAAAAAACAUUAAAAAGACAGAAUAAGACUUUGAUGAAGUCGAAUAUUAUAACGCCGGGAGCAGCGGACACAUUCCAGGAGAUCAAUCCCCCCCCCGUAUGAGCGGACUGUUGAGUUCCACUGGAUUUACUGUAAAUAAUUAAAGAGUCUAGUAAACACAAAGUGAUGACACCUUUCUAACACCUCUCAACACCUGUGCUGUCAUUUAAUGUCUCGUUACAUCUCGCAGCUAUAAUCUAUUACUACUUAUUUUAUUUCUAUAUUACUACUUAAUAAUAUAUAUAAUAAUACUUUCCUGCUCUGAGAUUUAACGAGUCUCUUUAUUUAACACACAUCUGUAAAAUAAAACCAAAAGACAUCUUUCAAAGUGCUACAGAGCGCAAAAAUAACUUUAUUACCGUUUCAUGUCAAUGAGGAAUUCUAACAUUGUUUGAAACCUUUUUAAAAAUCAUAACCGGAAGUCUACAAAAUCAUUUAAUCGGAAACAGACAAAUUAUUGAAUUAAAAAAAAAAAAAAAAAAUCAAUAUCAGUAAAUUAAAAUGACAAGUGUUUGAGUACAAUUCACGGCUUCCACAAGUUCCAUAAAGAU